CGCGCUGAGCUCGGCCGGGUGCCUGAAAGUCGCGGCUCCCCAUCGCUGUGUUGCGACAUCAGAAAUAGGGGAAAACCGUAAAAAGGCUUGUUCCUCCAUCCCUCGCUCACACUGGAUGUGUACUCAAACUCCCGGUGCUUCCCUGACCUCGUAAGGCGGGUCAAGAGCGGAUAUUUAUUAGCAUUUCGAUAAUAAAGCCCGCAGCGGAGAUGCUGCCCUCGGGCUCCAGCCGUAGAGGCAGAGCUGGAUGUCUAGGGUCAGGUGAACAUCUUUCCACCAUAGAAAAAGACACCAACGGAGAUGCUUUGUGGGUUUGGUGUUAUCCGUCUGUAACAGCUGAGCUGAGGACUCUGUUGCUGCGAAAGUGCUGCCUCACGGAUGAGAACAAAUUGCUGCAUACGUUUGUGUUUGGCCAGUACAAAAGGUCUUGGUUCUACAUCACGACUGUGGAAGUUCAGGAUUCUCCAGCCUUGAAAAAGGUGACCCACUUUUCCAUCGUCCUGACGGCCAAAGACUUCAACCCAGAGAAAUACGCUGCCUUCACGAGGAUCCUGUGCAGGAUCUACCUGAAGCAUGGGAGCCCAGUUAAAAUGAUGGAGAGCUACAUUGCAGUGCUCACAAAAGGGAUCUGCCAGAGUGAAGAAAACGGCUCUUUCCUCAGCAAGGAUUUCGAUGCUCGGAAGGCUUACCUUGCUGGUUCCAUCAAAGAUAUAGUGUCUCAGUUUGGAAUGGAAACAGUUAUCCUGUAUACAGCACUGAUGUUAAAGAAGAGAAUUGUAGUGUACCAUCCUAGAAUAGAGGCUAUCCAGGAGUUUACCAGGACCCUGCCUGCUUUAGUGUGGCAUCGACAAGACUGGUCAAUUCUUCAUUCAUACGUGCACCUAAAUGAGGAGGAGGUGGAAGCCUUAAAGGCCUGCACAGGUUACAUUGCUGGAUUUACAGACUCUGAAGUGAACAGCAGGCCUGACCUCUAUGAUGUGUAUGUGAAUCUGGCAGACAGUGAGAUCACUGUUUCCCCUGUAGUAAAAGAGGCAAUGACAAUGGGAAAACUUCACAAGGAAAUUGGACAACUAAUUGUUCAAUCUGCAGAAGAUCCAGAUAAAUCAGACAGCCAAGUCAUUAAGGACAUUUCCCUGAAGACAAAGGAAGUCCUGGCUAUUUUAGCCUCACUUACUGAGGUUUCUGAUGGCAAUGAAAAACCAACCCUUAACUCCGAGGCCCUGAAACAAAAGCGGUUUCCACCAGCUACAGAAAACUUCCUUUUCCAUUUAGCAGCUGCCGAACAAAUGCUCAGAAUCUGAUCCUGAUGCACUGCAGUGUUAUGGAGCAGUUCAGAAACACUGUCUGUGCCAUACAGAGAGGUAAACCUGGUAUUCUAUAUGGAAAAAUUCAAGGGAUAGGAGUGAAUGUCAUAGUUACUGUGAUGCAGAGCAUUGGAGCUUGCCUGGGAACGUGGAGACAUUUUUGGGAACACUCCUGGUGUCAUUAUCCCCUCCCACAUUGUAACUGUGUCCGUGUGGCUCCUGCGUUCGUGCCAUGCCGUGAGUGUGUGCACAGCAGCGAGGGCCUGUGUGUCCAGCUGUGCCAACACCAUGCCAGGGGCUCUUUGUCCUGCACAUUCCAGAGGCUGGACGGCUCUGACUCGUCUUCCUGGGGCCUGGACCUGUAGAAGCAGCCCAGCUUGGAUGUGCUGAUCUCUGCACAGGGAUACCCUGAACGUGCAGCUGGGCUGAGUGCUCAUUCCGGCCUUCCAGCUGUGUCAGCCUGCUCUGGCUCCAGAUUGCCUGAUUAUUGCCUGAUUCCUGGAAACCCCAAAUAAAUGGACAAGUUCUCUUCUUUCUACUUGAAAGUGUCUAGGUGGGAAAAAAAAAAAAAAAAAGGAUGUCUGGGAAAAUCUGAUGUGGUAGCCUUAGAACAUACAGAAAGGGGUAUUUUGAAGCUCAGGUGGGAGUUGA